GCCUGUUAGGACUUGCUAUGCAGCAGGACGUCCCUCCCACAGGAAGCAGUCAAGCUGGUGAGGCUUCAUAUUUCACAAAAGAGGAAGCAGUCAGAAACACACAAGCGGGCAGGUCAAAGAACAAGCUGCGGUGGCAAUGAGGCACCCUUUCCUCCUACAACUCCUGCUCGCCUAUGUUGGUGUGUGUGAUGUUCGGGGGGUUUCAGAGUUCAAGAUCUGUGCCUUCAACCUUCAACAUUUUGGGGAAUCCAAAGCCAAGAAAGAGGAUGUGAUGCACACACUUGCCAAGAUCAUCACCCGAUGCGACGUGUCUCUCCUUCAGGAAGUGAGAGAUAGCAAGCAAAAGGCUUUACCCCAGUUGCUUGAGCGUCUAAACAAGUAUGACAUUUAUCACAAGUAUGCCGCGGUGGCGAGUGAGAGACUAGGUCGAUCUGAAGCAUACCAGGAGCAGUAUGUGUUUGUCUACAGGACCGAUACAGUGACAGUCACAGGCCAGUAUCAGUACCCCGACAACAGGCCAGGAGAUGUUGAUGCAUUCUCCAGAGAGCCGUUUGUUGUUCGCUUCAAAGCUCCAAAGACAGCUCUGAAGGAGUUUGUCCUCGUCCCACAACACACGAGUCCAGCUAACACCACUAAAGAGCUUGAGGCACUGUAUGAUGUUUUACAACAUGUGAGGAAGAUGUGGAAAACCGAGAAUGUGAUGCUUCUUGGGGACUUCAAUGCUGAUUGUGCCUACCUUUCCAAGAGGAGCCGUCAGAAGUUGCGCUUGUUUACAGAAAACAGCCUGUCCUGGCUGAUCAAAGAUAAGACCGACACCACUGUUCGUUCAACCACCUCAUGCACAUAUGACAGGAUUGUUGUGCAUGGUGAUGCAUUUGUCAAUGCAGUUGUGCCAUUUUCAGCCAAGCCAUUUAACUUUCAGUUGGAAUAUCAACUCACAGAAGAGCAGGCACUCAUGGUCAGUGACCAUUAUCCUGUUGAGGUCCUACUGAAGAACGGCACGGCAAAACUCUCCUUCAGCCUCUUCCUCAUCUCGCUUCUUACGUUCAUCUCCAGAUGAAACAACCUGUCGGAAUGGACUCCUGCGGCAGAGGUGGUGUUGCAUAAGGAAACAAGCCUCAUAUUUUAGAAUAACAAUUUAGUUGAAAACAAACAAAAGAUCUCUUUAAUCAUUACUGUAUACUACCAGCUCGGUUCUAGAGUGAAACAAUAUUCAGGGAGUGUGACGGAUAAUGACAGAUAUGCAAGUUCACCAUCUAGAAUCCUCAGCAUAAGCAACUUCAGAGUUAAAACUCUGCAAUGACUCUAACCUCACAUUGUGUUUUGCAUUGACCUCAAGGUAAGAAUCUUAUUUUUUCUGUGGCCAUCACAGAACUGAUACUGUCAGGAUGGGAUAUGCUGUUAUAGUAAAUAUAUAUAUUCUAGUGUUUGUUGGUACAGUUUAUAAAUCCAAAUGGAUUGAAAUAGCAAUAUGCAUGUAUUCAUUGUGUUUUUUAACUGUUUUUCUUUCAUUUAAAUGUUUCAUUUUUAUACCGAAUGCACUGUUUUGUUCUGCAUUGCUGUAUUUUAUCAUGUGUCUAUCAGUAGAUAUUAAUUAUGAACUAAAGUUUGUGCAUUAUGAACAUUAUCUUCCAUAUUGGAAGAGAUGGCGGUUGUGAAGCUGACAGGAAUGUUUGCUUUAUGUUUGUAUCAACACAUUAUAUCAACACACACGAAUAAACACAACCCAGUCCAAUGUCUGGUACUGUUGUGUUAUGUGUUAUGUAGUUAUGAAGCGUUGUAUUAUGAAGUGAUGGCAUAAGUAAAGUGGAGAGAUUUGGGCAGCUGGCAAUGGGAGUUGCCGUUUCUUUGUGUUUUUGAAACGUUCCACAUACAGAAAUUAAAACAUACAGUGUUUUAAAACCAUUACCAUGUGCAUGGCGAUGCAAAAACACCUAAAAAUUUUAUUUGCAAAGAAAAGCUAGGGAUACAUUAGGUCGGGGGUGUCCAAACGUUUUCCACAGUGGGCCACAUACUGAAAAAUUAAAGGAAACAAGGGCUACCUUAAAAAAUAAAUGGAAUUUUCCCUUAAUAUUUAAAGUCUAUCCUAACUAAAUGAAUUAUUUUUUCUCAUGAUAAUGCAAGUAUAUUCUCAUAAAACUAUGACUUUUUUUCUCGUUAGAAUACGACUUUUUCCUCUUAAUAUUUUGCCUUUAUUCUUGUAAAAUUACAGUUGUCCCUUCCUGCUGUUGUUUUUUUAAAUUUCCAACUAUUUCAACUUUCAUCUUGUAAUUUUUUUUCUUGUAAUUAUGACUUUAUUCCCCUAUUUAUUCUCAAAACGUUAGUAAGUUUUUCCACAGCCUAAUUUCACAAAAAUUACAACUUUACUUGUUGUUUUAUUUUUCUCUCAGGACUUUUAAAAAAAUUACAUCUUUUUUCUUUAAUAUUUAAACAUUAUGCUACUUAAAUGAUGUUAACUUUUCUAAUAAUAUUAGUUGUAGUAGUUAUAGUAGUUAUUAAUACACACCAUAAUCAUCAAACUUACUUACGUAGUCAUAACUCACAGAGGAAUGAAGAACUUCAUGCGGUGUCUCCUUCUUUCUGCUAUGACGGUGCUCUCUGUGCUAUAAGGCGUUCAGGUACGCUCGUGAUUGUGAGUGUUAGGCGCUAAUUGUUUUUCAUUUUUAUUCACGUACCCCCAAUGACAAUUGGCGUACCCCAAUUUGGGAAACUAUGCUGUACAUAUACACGCACUAAGCAAAUGCCUAAUUGAGAUGGUUGGCCAGUUUGAAUGUGGCAGAUCUGCCCCUUAAACAAUUGCAAGAAAAUGAACCAAAUUUAAUAAAGCGCAGUUCAACAAACGAGGCUGGUUUCAGUGUGGGAAUCCACACUAUGCCACUGCGUUAUGCCACAAAGUCAACAAAUUGUGUUCGUAAAAUGAUGUUAUAAUGGCCAAAUACAAUCAAAAGUAUUUUAUUCGGCCUUACCUGUGAAAGGUAAUCCCGUGAGAUCUUGCUUGGAUUGUAAACCGGUUGGUGCAAUUCCAUUCGCAACAGGCAAUCGGCAUUUUCUCCUUUCUCUCUUGCCACAUCCAAUAUGGCGGCGACGUCGGCGUAUAGUGCAGCGCUCAAUGCCGCGGUUACGUCACCAGAGAAACUCGCACAUGCGUAAGUCCACGUACUUGCACUCACUAGCAGGGUACGUGAACGAGUUAACAGAA